AUGCCACCACUCGUUCUUUAUAAAAUUCCAUUUAUUGGCCAUACGUUUAGUUAUUUGUUUGAUUGCAAAGAGUUUCUUAAACAAUGUAGAAAAGAGUACGGUGAUAUCUUUAGUCUAUAUAUAUGGGGUCAAGUAAAAACCUUUGUUGGAAAAGAGCAUGCACAUGAAGUAUUAGCAAGGGAUGAUGCAUUUGACUUUGGUAUAGUGGCUGUAAGGAAGCUUCCAAUAGAUGCAAUGUUUGUAAAUGGAUUUGGGGAUUCGAGAUAUAAUAUAAUGGCAGUUAAAGAAUAUAUCUCGAAAAAAUUAGAAUUAUAUACUGAACGCAUGCAAGAAAGUCUUCAUUUGAGUAUUCAAAGAUAUAUCGGUAAAUGUGAAGAACCAAAAGUUCAUGAUCAUUUAUACAAAUUUUUGUCUAAAGUUAUCGCUGCUCCCAUUGCAAAUAUUUUUAUUGGCGAAAGUGAAGAGAUUAUAACUACAUUUGCAGAAUUUACAAGUAGUUUGUUCAUAUUUUAUGCAAUACCACCAGUUCUUGAUUUUGUUUAUCCAGGACUUCAAGAUUAUGUUAAUCGUAUUCCAGUAAGGUUAGGAUUAUACGAUCCAUCUGCUAGACAAAGAAGUAUGUUAAUUAAACAUAUUAAAAAUCAAGUUGAUAAACGGUUACGAGAGAAACAAGAGUAUCAAGAUUCGUGGAAACGUCCUAAUGAUUUGCUUCAAGACUUUAUAGAAGAAAAAUUGUUUGAUCCUAAUAAACCUAAUUACAAUGCGAUAGCUGAUAAAAUGGCUUUUUUUAUCUUCGCAUCGAUUCAUACAACUUCACGUGCUAGUACGUACGUUCUUAUCGAUUUGGCAUCUCGACCCGAAUAUAUACAAGAAUUAUAUGAAGAACAAUUAGAAAUUCAUAAAGAAACAGAUAAAAAUGGUAUCCUCCCAAUUGAAGCUUUCAAUAAAAUGAAUAAAUUAGAUAGCUUUGUUAAAGAAUCACUAAGAUUAAACGAAAAUAUAGCAGGACUUUCACAUCUUACAUUGAAAGAUUAUACAUUUUCAAAUGGGCUCCAAAUACCUAAAGAUCAUAUAUUUUGA